AUGUCAGACCCACGACCAAACACCCUUUCCCCCCUCGCAACCCUCACGCCUCCAUCCAGCUCGCGCACAUGGCAGACCGCCCCGCACCCCACCCUUCCCAUUGUCGCAACCGCCUGUUCCGACCGCAGCGUGCGCGUCUAUAGCCUCACAUCCUUCACGCUCCUGCACUCGAUAACGGGGGGCCACAAGCGCAGCGUGCGCGCCGUGUCCUGGAAGCCGCAUACCCAAGGCCAAAGCGUGCUCGCGACGGGCAGUUUCGAUUCGAGCGCGGGCAUCUGGCGGCGCGAAGAGCAGGGUGGGAAUGAGGAUGACUUCACCAAUCGGCGCGUUGGCGGCGCGGAGGAUGAGGAUGGGAGAGAUGACGACGACGAGGAUGAAUACCAGUUCUCGUGUAUCUUAGACGGUCAUGAAUCUGAGAUUAAAUCGCUGUCGUGGUCGCCGACGGGCCAAUACCUUGCGACGUGUUCGCGCGACAAGAGCGUGUGGAUAUGGGAAGAGUUGGAGGAUGAUAAUUUCGAAACGGUCGCGGUGCUGCAGGAACAUGAUGGCGAUGUCAAAUGCGUCGCUUGGCACCCGGAGGAGGAUUUACUGGCGAGUGCGAGUUACGACGAUAGUGUGAGGCUUUAUAGAGAAGAUUCGGACGAUUGGGUGCAGGUGGCGUGUAUUGCUGGGAAAGAGGGACAUGGCAUGACCGUCUGGUGGGUGGAGUUUGAGGGGUCGGGCAUCAGUGGGAAGGACUUUAGGGUGCAGAGAGAUGGACUGUCUGAAGAACAAACGCAACACGUUGAUUCGAUGGAGAGGUCGGGACCGAGGCUGGCGACGUGUAGUGACGACCGCACGGUGAGGAUUUGGCGGAGGAAACCGAGGGAGCGAGCGGAGAAUGCGUCGUCCAACACGGGCAUUCCGUCCAUCAUUCGAUCGGCUGCCAUCGACGAGGAUUGGUAUCAGGACGCCAUACUGCCACAAGUUCACGAGCGCGCGAUUUACUCGGUUUCGUGGAGUCGGACUACGGGUCUCAUCGCGAGUGCGGGCAGUGAUGGCAAGAUUAUCAUCUACAAGGAGCGAUGGAGGAAGCAAACACCCAACGGGGUCGAUACGGACAACAUGCAGAUUGAUGGCAGCGAGCCGGCCUCGUUAACGGAGUGGUUCGUCCUCGCGGAAUUGUUUUCUGCGCACUCCGUGUUCGAGAUCAACCAUGUCACUUGGGCAAAGAGAGCAGACAAAGACAAGAGAUAUGAUGGCGAGGAAGUCAUAGUCAGCACGGGAGAUGAAGGAGAAGUCAAGGUUUGGACACUAGACGAGGUGGCGGAUCCACCGCAGAGAGACGCAUGA